UUGGUUCCAUCUUUCAGAUCAACAUGUGCGUCGAUGAGGUUGGCGAUGCAACUGUUUCAUGUUAUGUAGAUCAUUCCUGCAAAUUGUUUUGCUUUUAAAGAUGGGUAAAUUGAAUGUAUCUAUGCUGCGAUACCUCUCGUCUGAGGAAUUCAGAGUUCUUACAGCGGUUGAAAUGGGUAUGAAGAAUCAUGAAUUGGUACCUACCCCUCUUGUAGCUUCAAUUGCUGACCUAAAACACGGAGGCUCCCACAAAAUUCUACGUGAACUCACCAAACAUAAAUUGGUUUGUUAUGAAAAGUCUGGCCGUGUUGAAGGCUACAGACUUACAUUCAGUGGAUAUGACUACCUUGCUCUGAAGGCUUUGACGACAAGAGGAAGUGUCCAAUCAGUUGGCAAUCAAAUUGGUGUUGGAAAGGAGUCAGAUAUUUUUAUCAUUGCUGAUGAAGAAGAGAACCAGCAUGCUCUCAAAUUACACAGACUUGGACGAACAUCUUUUCGCAAGCUCAAGCAGAAGCGGGACUACUUGAAACAUCGUAAAAAUGUCUCGUGGCUUUAUCUGUCACGUUUAGCUGCCGUCAAAGAAUAUGCUUACAUGAAGGCCCUUCAUGACAAUGGAUAUCCUGUUCCAAGACCAAUUGAUUUUAAUCGUCAUGCUGUAGUUAUGGAACUUGUUGAUGGACACCCACUGUGUCAAGUUCAUGAUGUUUCUGAUCCGUCAGAGUUAUACAGUGACUUAAUGGAGUUGAUUGUACGACUUGGAAGCUUUGGUCUGAUUCACUGUGAUUUUAAUGAAUUCAACUUAAUCAUCAAUGACAGAGACCAAGUAACAGUUAUUGAUUUUCCACAGAUGGUGUCAAUAUCCCAUCCAAAUGCACAGUGGUAUUUUGACAGAGAUGUACAGUGCAUUAGAGAUUUCUUUUUUCGGAGAUUUUCUUAUUCAAGUGAACUCUAUCCUCAGUUUGCUGACAUAAAACGACUCCAUAACUUGGAUGUUGAAGUGGAAGCCAGUGGUUUUACAAGAGACAUGUCUGAUUCAUUUGAUGAGACACAGAACCUCUAUAUAACACAGGCUACAGCUGACUUCAACGCUUGUGAGGGUGGCAGCGUUAGGAAAGCAGAUAAUGAAGAGAAAAAUACAUCAGAUGAACAAGACGAAAGUGACAACGAUGACAUAGCUGAGCAAAGCUUGGAAGAUAACUCAGUGGAAACUCGAGGACCCGAACAUGACCUCUCCAACGAGCAAGACUCGAAAACGAGCAAAGAAAUCCCAGAAAAAGAACAGAGCGAGGACUGGGAUUUAAAAGAGCUGAGUAAUCAAAACAAACUAUAUUGGCCUUACCGUGAUACAAAGAGUCACGUGGUGGGCAAUAGCCCGGAUGAUGAUGCUAGCAACCAAUCGAAACCCUUGACUGCGUCACCAAUAGAUUCCAAAGAAAUAAGAACCAGAGUAAAAAAGAGUUUAGAAAAGAAACAGAGAGAGAUGCGGAGGAGAAAACGAGGCGAAUCUUCGGCAGUUACUCGAUCAAGGAGGGAAAAUAGAGAAGCUGUCAAUCAUGGAGCACAGGCCUGGAAUGACGGCUGGUGAGCUAGGUAACAAGAAGAAGACGAGUCUAGGAUGAGUUAGGUGAAGGACGUCGGCUGUUGAUCCGCUUUGUUAAAUGUAAACCCUUCUGCACAGACACUGAUAACUGGAUUUUUAGAAUAUAUUAAAUAUCAUAGAGCGGGUCUUCUUAGAUUAAUAUUUACAUCAAACAAAAUUACAUCUACCGUUUAAAUAGUUUACGAAAUCAAAUGUUUAGUGAAAUCUAUGUUCUUAGUCGUGAGAUCGUACAGAUGAAAAUAUAUUAACUCUAAAAAAGUCUCUUUUUUCUUUGCACGAUAACAAAUAUUACUAGUAGCAAGAAACUUUUCAAGGCGCGCGACUGGGACAAUAUAAUUGUAAAUAGUUUUGACGUUCCAAUCGGGCGUAUUGACACAUUACAUUUUUUUCGAUUU